AUGGCGGAAGAUACUGUUGCAGAGGGGGCUGCAGAAGCGUCAGCAUUGCAACCCCAGCCGUAUCAGGCUUCGAAACCGAAGCGAGGGAAGGGAAAGGACAAGGAGAAGAAGGAUAAAGAUGAUAGCACUCCCCCGGUCAAGAGACGUGUGAUGGAAACACUCCCAGCUGUGCUGCUUGCUCUUCUGUCUACCAUACUCCAUACGUUGGUGCAGGCGAUUCUAACAUACGAUGAAGAAGAUGUUCCCGAUCUCGUGCGGCAGAUACGCGCUGCAGAGGACCUCGAAGUGGUUGCCGAAUCUAUAUUGAAACGGCAAAAGCAGCUGGGCUCUGCGGCAAGCGAUAAUACAACUACGUCUACUGGAGCAGAAUCCCCCUUCAGUGACGUUCCCCAAUUUGAGUCUGAACUUAUUGGCAAGAUAAGUGAACUGAGGCUUGAUGGUGCUGUGAAGUAUGUGGGGGGAACAUCAAACCUGAUAUUCCUGCCUGAACUCUCAGAAGAUGAUGAAGUAUACUCAGAAGCAGAAUCCCCGGGGGGCAAACCAGAUAUGGAGGACGGUAUCAGCUCGUGGACGACUGUAACGGAAAACAAGGAGCUUAUCCGGCAUCUUCUCACCAUGUAUUUCACCUGGCAUUAUGCCUAUUUCACAACUCUGUCCAAGGAGCUGUUUUACCGUGACUUCAUAGCAGGCCGCCCCAGUCAGUAUUGUUCUGCAUUGCUUGUCAAUGCAAUGCUAGCACUGGGAUGCCAUUUCAGUGCCUGGCCAGCCUCUCGAGAGGACCCGAACGACUCGUCCACUGCCGGAGACCACUUUUUCAAGGAAGCAAAACGGUUAAUUCUAGAGAACGAUGAGCAUACGAAAGCAAAACUAUGUACGGUCCAAGCUCUUGCCCUUAUGUCAGUCAGGGAGGCUGGAUGUGGCCGAGAGGGCUCUGGGUGGGUUUAUAGUGGAAUGAGCUUUCGUAUGGCCUAUGACCUUGGGCUAAAUGUGGACUCAGCUGGCAUGGGCUCAUAUAACCUUACAGCAGAGGAUAUCGAUGCCCGUAGGAUUACAUUCUGGGGCUGUUUCUUGUUUGAUAAGUACGUCUUUUUUAAGCCCCCUGUUUUUCUCCUUCAUGAGAGAGCAUACAUUGACAUAUGCAGAUGCUGGUCUAACUACCUUGGACGCCAACCACAACUUUGUGGACCCCAUAUCACUGUUCCAAAAUUUGAUGUAUUCCCUAAGGAAGACUCGGAAAUCUGGUCACCAUAUACGGAUUCCGGCAUUUCAGAUGACUACAGUCAACCCUCGAGAACAAGAGCCGUAGCCCUGCAAAUAUCCAAACUUUGUGAGAUCAGUAAUGACCUGCUAGGUGCAUUUUACAAUACGGGACCCUCAAAGCAGAUUUCUAAGCAAGAGGAGCUGAGGCGGUUGACCCAGCUGCACACUCGUUUGGAGGCAUGGCGUAAAGCACUUCCUCCGGAAAUGGAACCAAAAGAUGGCCAAUUACCCCAGGUCCUCCUUAUGCAGUAUGUUAUCCACAAACUCCCAGAAAUUUUUCCCUGUUCAUCUACUGACGGUUUCAAUAGUAUGUUCUUCCAAUUACUAUUUAUACACCUUUACCGUCCAUUUUUGAAAUAUACCAAGUCCACUUCCCCAUUGCCAGCUCAUGUUUCUCCUAGGAAAUUAUGUACCCAAGGGGCCUCUGUUAUAUCAAAAUUGUUACGCCUAUACAAACGUACGUACGGGUUACGUCAGAUUUGCAACAUUGCAGUAUACAUCGCCCAUUCGGCAUGCACAAUUCAUCUCCUUAACCUACCCGAUAAGUCCGCCAGGCGGGACAUCGCACAUGGGCUCAAGCAUUUGGAAGAGAUUGCCGAAAGUUGGCUUUGUGCACGAAGAACUCUACGGAUCCUGGAUUUGCUAUCGAAGAGGUGGAAAGUUGAACUUCCGGAGGAAGCGUUAUCUGUAAUCGAGCGAUCUCAUGCCAGAUUCGGGUCCACCAGUUCUUGGGAACAGAUGCAAUCGCCUUCGUCAUCGGGAGCAUCACCGAAACUGCAUGACCGUGUUCAGGCAUCAGAACAACCAAUGCAUACCCCAACACAUGAAGCCGCCAAAUCAUCAACGGUGUCUGCGGUGAUGAAUACCCAAGCUACAUCCCACACUUCUACAUAUUCCGCACCAGUUCAGAUUCCUCAAGAAGAUGUUACCCAACUUCAAUCCUCUGUUUCCACCGAACAACUCCCUGCGGAACAUGAAGUGUCCUCCAAGAGUAACGAAUCUUCAACCAAACAGAAACUACCAACAGUGCCGCAACCUCGUAUGAACACUACCCCAAGCAUUGGUAAUGAUAUUCCUAUAGGUCUCCCUCAAUCUCCAACGUUUAUUGACUCCGACAAGCUGCUCCAAGCCAGCCAAAACUGGUGGCUGAAGGACCAGAACGCCCUGGCUCUAGGUAUGGACAAUUGGUCUAGUAGCUGGGGUACUCCGAACGAAGGUACUGGUAACACCAUGGACUAUCCAACCUCAGGCAGCAACUCUAUCCCCCCAAUAGAGGCCACUGAUGCUUACACAACCCACGCCCAGCAACCCAUGCAUAUCGAAGGACUCCUUCCAACUGCCGCGGCUCUUGGACUCUCUCAUCCAAUCACUUCCACUGGGAACUAUAAUUCGGAAUUCCUUGCAUCUCAAAACAACCCCACCCACCCAAAUAUCGCAAACUACAUGUCUCAACGGGGUGACGGGGAAUAUUCUGAGCAAAGCGACAUGUUCUACUAA